AUGUUCAAUAUAGAGGACCACUAUACAGCACAUAUGAGGAAAGAAACCAUCAGGACACUUUCUCAACCAUUUGCAUUGACAAAUAGAAGUGUUAAAGCCUCGAAGAGGGAGAAACAGAGUAGGGGAAUACCAAAAGUCGAAAGAGAAAAAAUAAAAUACAGAGAUUUUGUUGAGAUAGGCAAAAUGUUCAUAGACUAUCUAACAGCCUUGAAAGGAGCAAUGAAUCCAUCUGCUUUUGUAAGUAAAAUGUACUUAUGUGAGUUAACAGGUGCAAAAAUUAAAAUUGUGGGAGGAAGAACUGGAAUUAUAGUUGAAGAAAGAGCCAAUUCUAUAAUUGUUGUUUUGGAAGACGACUCUGUGAAAACUUAUUUGAAGAAAACAACUGAUUUCACAGUUACACAUGAAGGAAUAGAAUAUGUGUUCAUCGGUUCCGAAAUGAAACCUAACAGGUUUAUAAAAAAAUAA